CCUGGGAGAGCCAGUCCCCAAAAGUGAGAUUUCAUCCUUGCCACAGCCUCACUCAGCUCAAUGGGAAUCUCUGAGAUCAGCUUUUGAAACUAUGACCACAACAGACAGUUUGAACUGUGACAAGAGAGAGACUGAAAAAGAAAAUUUCCCCAGGCAGCGUUACGCAGGUAUUAGCCACAGAGCUGACCAGGAAAGCUUUUAAAGCACGACAAAAUCCGGUGUGGGUGCUGCACCCAGCAGAGGAAACUCCGGCCAUCUGGAGACGAGGAUGACCAUCGGCCACAGCAGUUUGCAAAAUCGCAAGAGCUGCCAAAAUUAAACCGUGAAGUCAGACAGGAAGGCGACCAAUGAUCGGCGAGAUCAGAAGUUCAGAGAUGCCCCAGAUGAGCUCCCAACAACAAGUGUGGCCGACGUACUCCCAAGUUUAUUAAGGAUGUUGAGAGGAGGGGAAAAUAUCCCCGCAGAAGAUGCCCAGCUGGCGAGGAGGGACUGGUGGUGAUGCUCGGGUCACUUGAUGAAUCCCAUUGGCCACGUCCCCGGGAGAUCCCACCCAUCUGCAAGUGCAAAAUAAAUCUCUAAAGUUGUAUCUCGUGUACCACUUGACCUUAUUGCUUUUGGCCGGCUGGCUUUAUAUCUAUUUAUUUAUUAUUUUUUUUUGGUUCGGACCCUAAGAGGGGCUGGAAGGAAAUGAAUUUUGAAGCGGCACCUUUCACCACCCUGCAGUACUACCCCGAUCCCUGCAUCCAGCGGUUUGUAGAAACUCCGAGCCACUUCUCCUGGAAGGAGAGUUACUACCGAUCGGCCAUGUCCCAGAGCUCGCAGCCCAGGGAGUUCCUCAGCCCAGAGGUGAUCCAGCAUAUCUGGGACUUCCUGGAGCAGCCAAUAUGCUCAGUUCAGCCAAUUGAUUUGAACUUCAUUGAUGACCCGUCUGAAAAUGGCCCUACAAAUAAAAUAGAAAUCAGCAUGGAUUGUGUCCGGCUGCAGGAUACGGAGCUGAGUGACCCGAUGUGGCCGCAGUACACGAACCUGGGGCUCCUGAACAGCAUGGACCAGCAGAUUCAGAAUGGCUCCUCCUCCACCAGCCCCUACAACACGGAGCACACGCAGAACAGCGUCACGGCGCCCUCGCCUUAUGCCCAGCCCAGCUCGACUUUUGAUGCCCUCUCGCCCUCCCCAGCCAUUCCUUCCAACACAGACUACCCGGGACCUCACAGCUUCGAUGUAUCAUUUCAACAGUCCAGCACAGCAAAGUCAGCAACAUGGACGUACUCCACCGAACUGAAAAAGCUGUACUGCCAGAUCGCCAAGACAUGUCCCAUUCAGAUCAAAGUGCUGACCCCACCACCCCAGGGAGCCGUCAUCCGGGCUAUGCCAGUCUACAAGAAAGCCGAACACGUCACUGAAGUGGUCAAACGCUGCCCGAACCACGAGCUGAGCCGGGAGUUCAACGAGGGGCAGAUUGCGCCUCCCAGCCACCUGAUCAGGGUGGAAGGGAACAGCCAUGCCCAGUACGUAGAAGACCCCAUCACCGGGAGACAGAGCGUGCUGGUCCCAUAUGAGCCACCUCAGGUUGGUACAGAGUUCACAACAGUCUUGUACAACUUCAUGUGUAACAGUAGCUGCGUAGGAGGGAUGAACCGUCGCCCAAUCCUCAUCAUCGUCACACUGGAAACUAGAGAUGGGCAAGUCUUGGGCCGCCGAUGUUUUGAAGCCCGCAUUUGCGCUUGCCCAGGCAGAGAUCGCAAAGCAGACGAGGACAGCAUCCGCAAGCAGCAAGUCUCUGACAGCACAAAGAAUGGUGAUGGUACGAAGCGCCCUUUUCGACAAGGAACUCAUGGCAUACAGAUGACAUCUAUCAAAAAAAGACGUUCUCCAGAUGAUGAGCUCUUAUACUUACCAGUGAGGGGAAGAGAAACAUAUGAAAUGCUACUAAAGAUCAAAGAGUCCCUGGAACUUAUGCAGUACCUUCCCCAGCACACGAUUGAGACUUACCGGCAGCAGCAGCAACAGCAGCACCAGCACUUGCUCCAGAAGCAUCUCCUUUCGGCCUGCUUCAGGAGUGAACUCAUGGACUCAAGGAGAGACUCUCCCAAACAAACCGAUACCAUCCUAAAACAUUCCAGCCCCCCAAAACCAUCAGUAUAUCCAUAAACCGAGCUGGCAGGGUGGCUUUGCCCAGCUCGCAGGACUAGGAGCAGUGGGGCAAAUAUGCAGCCUGAUAGCAAGGGAGUACAUAGAGUAAUCUCCUGAAGGGACUCAAAGUUUGCCAAAACAACAGACACUUCUACAGAUCUCUUAGCUGUUGCCGGUGGCAUUGGGAGGUCUGGAACCACAAUGUUGUCUUUCCUGGUGUAACUUUUUCUUGUUUUUGUAAUCUGUUAAUACUCUUUCCUGUUAACUUCUGUAUUUGUGAAACUCGGCAGGGUUUCUCUGAGCAGGUCUCAAUUUUGAAAUGCCUCGUCUUGUUUAAAUUAAAGUAUUCAUGGGCUGGGGGGAUGGAAGAGGGUGGGGUGUUUAAAGUCUGUGGUAAUCAGUUGGGCCUGUUUUAAUGCCAGUUAUGCAGUAAUAGUGCAAGUAGAUGAAGUAUUUGUACUGCUGGACAGAGGGAGGUAGUAAUUAUAUUGGCACUAGAUAUAAAAUCAAUUUUUUUUUCCUGUAGAAAUACCCACCAAUUUGGUGUCAUGAAUUGUUUCCCUUUAUUUCUAAUCAUAAAAGGUCUGAUCUAAAAUGCAUCAAAAUUGUAGGGAAGACUGAAUGACGGUGUCUGACUUUGCACCAUAUUGCUUUGGAGCACGCAUUAAGCCUAUUACAUUUUACCCAGUCACUACAGACCUCAGUUCAAAGGCAAGCAGUGCCAGCAUAUGUUGCAGUUGACUCAGCCAAGUGGCCUUAAGCCAUGCCCAUCUUGUCCAUUAAUCUUGCAGUCAGUGGCCAUUGUUCUUGCUUUUUGUGUCCAUAAAUAGACUGGUUUAGCAAUUCCUGUGCAGGAGACUUUCUCAGCAAGGGCUUGUAAAUCCUCGCACUGCUUGUGUCAGACUCUGCCUCUGAAAGUUGUUUGUAAUGGGGCUUGACAAGGUGGAUUUGCAUCCUUUAGAAGCUUCAUCUCUAAGUGUCAACCCCAGAUCAGCAUGAAGGAAGAAUGAUGAACAGGCAAGUAACACACUAUGGAAUUAAACUGGCAUCGCUGAUUGUGGCUCGAGGAGCACAUACUGGAGCUGGGGAAGGAGCUGCCAAGAUGCUGCUUGCUGUGGCUUGUCUUCACAUGAAAACCAACAGCUAAUGCUGGUAGAGAAGUGUACUUUGACUUAUGUUCUCAGGCAGUGGCAUCUUUCCUGGGGGAACCCGCUGCUGUUCAUGGCUGUGGGAGAUAGAAAUAUGAAGAACUUAUUGAAAGGUGCUCCCUGCAUGCUGGUGUUUGCCCAGAUCAGCAGUGGUUGGGGAGCAGAGCUCAGACACAAAUGCCAGCGAUCAGUAGCCCAUGAGAAUAGCAAGUCGGUGGCUGAAUCGAUGCUAAUGGGGACCUGUAUGCCUGCAGCUCAACUGAUGCUGGAUUUGUUUGGAGCAGGUGCAUACCAAGCACUGACACACUUGUGGUUAGGCACAGCCUGAAGAGGAGGUGCCUUCCAAUGCAGAGCGGGCCUCCUGGCCACCCACCAAGGAAAGAAUGCCUGAUGCAGUGGGAGAAGACUCUUAUCUCUGAACAUCACAUCAUCUGCUUCCAGGCAGCAGAGCUGUGAUCUGAGCAGGUGAUGACUCGCACUGAAAUCUCUUGAGAGCUGUAUUCCAUCUCUGGAUAUCUCCUGCAUUGUCUUAACAAGACCUGUUCUACCAUAGGGGAGGGCUGAUGCAGAAGAGCCCCCCGGAAAUGUGAUUAAAUAUAAAUAGUGAAGUAAAUGCUAGCAGUGACUAUUCAUAGAGUUGCAGUUCUACCAAUGUUCCUCGUGUAAAGUUAGACAAAUCAAGUGCCUCUUUACUUUGUCUGGAAACUCUAGGAAGAGUUUCAAGAUCACAGAAAAGAUACUACUGUGCCUUUUUAUUUGGGAGAAGAAAGGCAAUACCCCUCCUUUCCAUGUGGGAGCUGGGAAUCUGAACCUCAACUGCAACGUAAAUGUGGGAUUAUGUUUGGCAAUAUCAGUCUGUCUUUCCAGCACAAGUUCGUCACUGGAUCUUGGUUUUGUCUGCUUGGGGAUGCCAAUAUGGAAAUACUGGGAUAGGGGUACGCUAAUGUCAAUCAGAACUCUACUCCAGGGCCUGCCCACUAGACAGUUUGAGGAAGCAAACCAUCAGGAGGUGUGAGGCACCCACAGCCCCUCAUCAGGAGAUCCCAGCUCAUGUUCCAGUUGUCCUGUGGUCUGACCUGUGGGAAUUCUUGUGUACCAUUGUGGGCAAUGCAGCACCUGGGAUUUCCAAACAAGCAAUUGAAUUAUUUGGAUCCCACUGUCCUCUGGGAUGUCUUUCCUAUUUGUAUUCUUUACUUUUAAGAGGAUGUUUAUGAAAAUGGUCUUAAUGGCGACUCAGUUUCCUCUUCAGCUACUAGGUGAUUAUCUGAAAGUGUAGCUUUUUCCAUUAAGUAACCUGGAGCUGGAAGAGUUAGAGUUGCCUUUUAGUCUGUCCUCUGCAGCUGGGGGAAAAAUGCCACCAGCCUUCAACUGUCUUUUGAUCCUUCAUCUCUGGUGCUUCAAAAAAGUAAACCUCUUUCCUUUCAAGGAAUAACUGAGUGGAUUAAGUGGUCCUUAGCAGUCACCCAGGCUGUAUCAGUCUUUAUCAACUAGUCAAUGUAUGUCUGCUCCCUGUAUCAUAACUUUAUUCCCUGAAGGGUAAGCUUCAUUCACUGUUUGCCUUGGGAAAUUCCCGUACCUGAAAUGUAAAGGGAAUUAUUUCUACCAUUUGCCGGGUGCUGUAGCUGGUGCCUGCCUAGUGACCAUCAUCAGAGCUCCUCCUUUCCAUGCUCCCAGCUGGCUACCAAGCACACAGAUCACUUGAGCAAUUGAAAAGAUGCACUAUUGGUAGUUACAGAACUGCAGCUUUUUGAGAUGUGGAGAGCAAAGGCAUCUCUCUGCUUUUUAGUGUUGCUUUUUAGUGUUGCUUUUUAGUGUCUGGUUUCAUGAGCUCUAAGUGAUGAGUGCAGCCGAGCAUCAUCUGUCCCUUCUGUGCCAUUACUGGAGUGCAUCAGUGACAUCCCAGAGUUAUGCAAUGCAGUAGGCAACCUUACUUGAAAAAGAAUUGCCACUGGGCAUAUAGACCAUGUAUGAACUUGCCAUGUAAACCUUGAUGCACUUGCUCUGGCCGCUGUAAGGAAAAGCAGGCCCAGAACUGAGCAGCUUCAAUUCUUCCUCGGUCUCUGCAUUGCAACUAGCUCUUAAGUUUUCAGGGAUAGCAAGCCAUAGGCACAGGGGCUCGGGUGAGAUCUUGAACUCUCCAACCCUGAGCUGCUCUACUCCUGCACUUACUGAACCUUCGUCAUUUGCAUAAAGACUGCUUACAUUAUGGUGUGCUCAUCUAAUGUGAAUGAGGACUCAAGGACUUGUCUACUGAAUCAGGUAAUUGGUCUAUCCAAGCAGUUUUCUACCUCUGGUGCAGGGCUGGUAUCCAGUGAGCUGGGAAAACACAGAUUUAUAUAAGGUAACCUGUGAACUGAACUGUGCUUCAUAUGUGGGAGAGAGUAAGUUCCUUCCUGACCUCUUGAGAUGAUCAGUAUAUGCCUUGAAGCGUGAGAGUUGAUUGCCCUCAUAUGAGCUUGCAUAACUACAAAUGUUAUUGGCUAAAUAAUUACAUAGCCUCUUGAAGAGAGAAAAAUCAGUUGCAGAAUGUGACUCAGUGCCUUUUGUAUCAGACUGUUCCAAGAAGCAUAAUAGUCUCUUAAUUGAAGUCCUUAUACCUUGAUAUUAAAAUGUGUUUUGCUGGCAUUGAUAUCAAAGAAAUGGUAAUGCUCCUACUUCUAAUCUUUCUUGAGAUAUAGUAAGUAUAAUUUUAAUGAAAAUCACUGUGCAUGACAUUCUUAUAAUACCUGUUUUUUAAAAAAAAAAAAGAAAAAAGCAAUAUAUUUUAAAUGAAUCCUCAAAACACCAUGUAGUCUGUGUGUUUAAUACCAAAAACAUUUUCUUGUGUUUCUGAGGCUGUUGCUAUAUUGAUGUGUGACAUUAAUUUUGAAUAAAAUUUUGCAUCUUGGUUUAUCUUGGGACUUUUCUUUGGCUAAAUGGCUUUAUCUAGACCUUUCAUGUCUGCUUAUGUGACUGAAUAGUUCAGCAUAAAAGAUUAUGGGUAUAAAGAAAAAUGCUUUUGUUUCUGUCCUGUUUCAUUGACAUGAGUUUAAUUGUCUUAAUAGAGCUAAUCUUGAUUCUUAUGAGUACGAAAGAGAUGAGAAUGGAGUCCUUAAGCUGUAAGUGGAAGUAUGUAUUUUUUUCGUAUUCCACAGGGUGCUUUUGGCUCUUGUUCACUUUUUUUCCCCCAGUGUUCUGCAGGAGCAUAACUAGUUUUGUUGAGAUCAUUCUUGGUGGCAUUGAGAGAAAAAUUAGGCCCACUACUGACCUUCUUGCAGAACCUUGUUUUGUACUGACAGGUAUCCAAAAAAAAAGUGUUUAGAGCCAUGAGCUCUCUAAAAUAAAACCUGCUCUGAACUUAAAUAGUGAAAAUAAAUCUCUUUUGGGAAGCCUUUGUUGGUUUCAUUUGGAAUUUCACUGUGGAGGCUGUUGUACACGGUGACCUCCCCACUUGCAUGGCAUGCAGAUUUUGCCCUAAGGGACUUCUUCAGGUGUGUAUGAAUUUCAGCUGAAGCUCAGUUAGUCUAGGUUCCUGAACUUGCAAAGCAGAAUUAUUAACUCUAGUCCGAAAUCUAGAGGUCUCUUAAGGCUAGUGUCCGUCUGACUCGAAUCUUACGACUGGCCUCAACUUUUAUAAUUGCUGAAGUGAAACCUCCGAUCUGAAUAAUUCCCUUCGCUCUGAAAAGCUGGGCCUGAACUUCGUGGCUCAGUUUCACUUCCCCCUGGGAGUUGCUGCCAUCAUUAAUAUUAAUUUGCGAAGCUGCUUCUGCUUUCCACUUCCUUGAGUCUAUGAAGUUUGCUGGAUCUUGUCCUGCAUCUUCACUGCCAAAGGACAGUUCACACCCUUCUGCACCUCCUGUAAUUGUGUAAUUAAGUAACAUUUCUUCGGGGCCUUAGAUAUUCAAGCCUGUUAGCAUAGAUGUUUCUCCACCCAACGUUACAAGUUUUAAAAAGUGCAGGAAGCUGGAGACGAUGUAAUUGUAUGGAACUUGACCUUGAGUGCUGAAGGUUUUAAUAAAUUACCCAAGAAUAA